AUGGUACCCCCCAAAACCAACAGAAGGAGCGGCGUCAGUGAACAAAGCAAGAGAAUCCGAGGACUCAACCACGUCGGAGUAAAAGAAGGAGAUGCCAUUCCAUUGCUCGAGGAGCUGAGACCAGAACUGCAGAUUGGACCGGCAGCCAUCGUCAAGGGCAACGACAUUACACAAAUCAACCACCGAACUAUAGAGAGAGACCAGUUACAGACCAGUUACACCAACCUGAGUACAGAGAGAGACCAGUUACAGAGCAGUUACACCAACCUGAGUACAGAGAGAGACCAGUUACAGACCAGGUACACUAACCUUAUCUCAGAGAGAGACCAUAUAGAGAGAGACCAGUUGCAGACCAGUAACACCAACCUAAUCACAGAGAGAGACCAGUUACAGACCAGUUACACCAGCCUGACUAUAGAGAGAGACCAGUUACAGACCAGUUACACCAACCUAAUCACAGAGAGAGACCAGUUACAGACCAGUAACACCAACCUGACUAUAGAGAGAGACCAGUUACAGACCAGUUACACCAACCUGAGUACAGAGAGAGACCAGUUACAGACCAGGUACACUAACCUUAUCUCAGAGAGAGACCAGUUACAGACCAGUUACACCAACCUAAUCACAGAGAGAGACCAGUUACAGACCAGUUACACUAACCUAAUCACAGAGAGACACCAGUUACAGACCAUUAACACCAACCUGACUAUAGAGAGAGACCAGUUACAGACCAGUUACACCAACCUGACUAUAGAGAGAGACCAGUUACAGACCAGGUACACUAACCUAAUCUCAGAGAGAGACCAGUUACAGACCAGUAACACCAACCUGACUAUAGAGAGAGACCAGUUACAGACCAGUUACAACAACCUGACUAUAGAAAAACAACAGCUACAGAUUAAAAUUCUGCAAAUAGCAAAGGAAAAGGAAGACUUACAGAGCAGCUCCAACACCAUGAGAAACCAGAUGGACCUUUUGCAGAAGGAGAAAAACAGACUUCAGCAGAAGCUGAAUGACUUACGUGAGUAA